AUGGGGAUCCAAUCGGCCCAGGCAAUGCCGAUGUCUACGUUUUACAGUAUGGGCCUCACAACUGGAUCCCGAAUACUGAGCCCCAUCGACUAUACCAUCGAAAUCCGAUAUCAACAGCAACUCCACAGUGUGAAUGUACGUUUCUUCAUCGGUCAACACACCCUGCCGGCAGUCACCGCAAGCAGUGGCUCCGCAGAAGCAAGCCUCCGUUUGCUAGAUGACAGUGAGCUCGACUUGCUGGACAUUGAACGCCAGCACCAGCCGCGAAACGAUAGAACCACCUCCACGGCCGGAACGUCGUCAUCGUCGUCGUCACCCGUGUCGCAAAACCAACCCCUCGGAACGUCCUUCACCGCGAGCGGUGGCAACGCUAGGAUAAACAAUAAUCAUAAGAUAAAUUUAGUGUCUUAUACAGCGAAUCUAGAUAAUAUUUUGAACAGUCUCGAAGACGACGAAGAAGUUGAUGACGAUGAUCGGCGGUUCGGGUUAGAUGACCGCCGGAUCGUCUCUGGUGCCAAACUGUACGAGCGGAACCACGAGGCCAACGUGCAGCACGACGAGGCUGCCAAGCCGGUGCACCACCGGUUGCUAGUUAAUCAAAUUGUCCAAAAGUACUACCCCAACCACCGUCGCCACAGGAGGUCGCUGCUGCUGCGGAGAUCGGCUCGAAGUUCAGACUCCGGUGUAGCCCUCAAGCGGCAAGAAGUAGCUCUCCCCUUCGCCUCCUCCACGCUGACUCCCAGCUCUUUUUCUUCUUCUUCGUCACCACUUUCUCCGCCGUCAUCGUCGUCAGUCGCACGACAGGUGACACGGACCGAACCUGUUGUACAUGAUCCUUCCAACCAGAGUAGUAGUAAUUACGGAACCAGUGAAUACGACAAACCAGAAAAGAAUGGGAAGAUGGCUGUGAAAAAUAUUAUUAGGAGUAAUAAUAGUGAACAUAAUUACGUAAGGAACUUGACGCUCGCAAACGCUGAGCAUUCGUCAUCUGACAAGAGCCGAGCAUCCGUACAGGAGGGGACCACUAAUGGUGAAGUAGGAAGCUUUGCCGCUAACGCUGCUGGGUCUGCACUCGACCCGAAACGACAAGAUGUUCUGCCGGAAGUGGAGCACCAAAAGGAAAAGGAAACCGAAUCGGCAUCCGGAGUGGGUGGUAGUGCGGCUGACACCAACUCGGCCCCAGAAACUAAUACAUCAACCCAGAGAGCAGUUACAUCAACACAAACAUCGUCACCGAUGUCAGCCUCAGUGGAAGUGGCACCACCGGAGCUGGAAUCCGUUGUCGAGCGAACAAUAACUCCACGGGAGGAACAUUUGCCGCAAAAUAGCUACAGUGCUAUUAAUGUCGACAGUUUCAAUUUGCUCGACGAUAGCGUUUAUGUCAGGAACAGUAGCAACGGCAGAACGAUGACGGCAGCCAACCACGGCGAAGGCUCUUACUCCACUCCCAGUGCCAAACAAUCCCAGCCGGAGCAACACGAGAGCCUCAGCUCCAAUAACAUAUUUGCUGGUGAAAACUUUGAUGAGCAAAUUAUUUUCCUCAACGGUGGAGAUUUGCUCGAGGCCAGUCCGGAGCAGUACGACAUGCGGCAGUUCGGCAAAGUGGAACGGGAUGUCAAAAUGGGUGACUUGAGAAACGGCGACCCGUUCCUGCUGAUGAACGAUGAACCGGUGGCCCUGGCGCUAAGGCCGAUUAUCCGGGGUCCGACCGACGACCACACCGAGGACAAUGUGGGGGUGGUCUACGCCGAGCAGCACGAGACGGUGACGAUGGCCUGCGAGGUCGAUGCGGACAUAACCUCCAGCGUGUGGCUCAAGAAUGGCCAAAUGGUGCACGUUAUGGACAAAAAGUCACGAACCGAUGACGUUCGUUUUGUGCGGGAAUCGCACGGGGGCAUCACCAUUUCGAACGUGAUGCUCGAGGACGACGGGGUUUGGCAGUGCGAGGCGGAGAACGCCCGGGGAUUCUUCUUCAACGGACGGCCGAUCAAGCUGGUGGUGUUGGAUCCCCCCAAAGAACCGUACCUGCUGAUCGACCAGCGGAGGCUGGACGCGGGAAACAUGUUCAUCCCGGUGAAGGAAAACUCGGAACUGACGUUGGCCUGCGUUAGCGAAGGCGGAAAUCCGAAGCCCGCCCUCAGCUGGGAGGUGCUGCUCAGCCCCGGAAUCGACCGUCACGCACAAAAAAUCUCCAACGACGUGCUGGAGCUGCAGGAGAUUAAACGAGACAAGGACAAGGAGCCGUACAAAAUAAACACCGGUGCUAUUUCGGAAGCAAAACUUCCGGCUGUGUUCCGGGUGCAUCACAAUGCGCGCAUUCUCUGUGUGAUGGAGCAUCCGACGCUCAAAAUGCGUCAGAAUGCCUCGAUCCUGCUCGACGUUCAGUAUACGCCUUCGUUUGCCAUCACCCGGACGCCCGGCUUCGGCUAUCCGCUGCGGGAAGGCAUCGAAGUAUCGCUCAAAUGUGACGUCGAUUCCAAUCCACCGUCGACGCCGGUCUGGCAGAAGGACGACGGCGAGACCCCGGUGCCGCAGACGGGCGAUGGAUUCCUCAAUUUCAGUGCGAUCCGGCGGGAACAUUCCGGCUGGUACAAAUGCACCUCGCGGCAUCUCAAUUUCCAGUACUCGAGCAUCGGGUACUAUCUGAGCGUGCGAUAUGACUCCGUCGAUGUCACUUCGGAACCGGUCGAACAGGACCUGCCGCUGUCCUCGUCAUCCUCGUCCUCGUCGGCCACGUCGGCGGCCGCUGGUCUCCAGAACGGUGCUAAUAAUUUCAAAGGUGGCCAAAUGGAGGUGGAACUCGGUGGCUCCGUCACGCUCCAGUGCCCGCAGGGUUCGCUCGGCUGUUGGUCCCAUUUGGAUCCGAUGACGGCGCGACUGAAGGGACUCGGCGUCGGUAUCUCCACGCCGACCGGCCAGUUUUCGCUCAAGGAUGUCGUCUACCAGGAUGCCGGCACGUACAAGUGUGUUGGCCAGAGUUCAACCAAUCGCAAAAAGCUCGAAGUGCUGCAAACGGUUUCGAUUGCUGUUAAAGGUGCACCGACGGUGAUUGCCCGGAAUACGACACCGGUGGCCUACCCGGGCUCACCGCUGCAUCUAUCGGUGGAGUUCUGUGCCAACCCGCCGGCGUACGCCGCCCGAUGGCUGCAUGGAGAUUUGGUCUACACACCGGGCAAGAAGUACGGUGACGAUGUGCUGGCUUACGGAUUCAUUGAUCUGCCGACACCAUUCUGCAAGGAAGCACGUCUGACCUACGUGCACAUGCACGAGAAAGUUCCUCGUACGUUCUAUUUCAUCGUAUCAUCGCCAGGUGGCGUUGCGGAAGCGAUCUUCAACGUGAACUUCACUCUCAAGCACAAAACCGGUGGUGCGUCGCUGCUGUCCUCCUCCUCGUCGUCAUCGUCCUCGUCGUCGUCCUCGUCGGGGCCCUUCGGAUCCUCAUCGCUCUCGUCAGCGUCGGCAUCCGCUUCCGGCGGCGGACUCAGCAGCGGUGGCUCCGGCUACAAAAUCAACACCAACACCAUCAACAACCUGCCCGGCAACGGGCUGGACGAGGACGAGGAGCUGAUGGAACCGGAAGAGAUCCAUUUUCCCAUCUUUGGCAACGGGGCCAGCAACAAUGGCCCGCUGCUGUCCCUCUCUGUAAGCAUCACUCUGCUCUUUAUCGUUGUUACUCUGUACUCCUACUAGUAUUGUUGACGUGUUUUAGAUAUGUUUUAUUAAAGUAUUAAUUAAAGCGUAAUUACACGGAGUCGCGACGUUGGGGAACGAUGCUAAGCCCUUGACAUCGCGCCGUGCGACUGCGGUGACGUGGAAAAUUUCGCUUAACACUAGGAGUUGGGCGAUCGAAAAAGUCAUCAUCAUAAAACAUAAAACCAUUCAUUCGUUAUUGACUUGGAACAAAAACUGAAGACUGUGUCCAAUACAUGUUAUUGAUAUUAAAAUGAGGUGUAACACGUAGAAGAUUGUUUGAUAAAAU